AUGGCCCGGAGAGUCUCGAAUGAACAACACAAGCAUCUAUCCAACAGCCACAUCAUCUCGCUGCUGAACACCCCUUCGGCCUCCGCCUCACCGUCUCCCGAACCCCGUCACCUCAUUGCCCGUCAGUCCACCAUGGUGGGCAAGAAGAACACCGCCAUGCGCCGCCCAAGCCCUCAGUCCGAGGUCCCCAUGCCCGUCACCUAUACACCCACCACCCACCGCAUCAGCAAAGCCAAGAAGGGCAAGCGCGUCCACGCCUGCGAAUUCCCUGGCUGCUCCAAGGUCUUCACCAGAGCCGAGCACCGCCGCCGGCAUGAAUUGAACCACAACCCGGAGGCCUCGUACCGGUGUACGCAGCAGGGCUGCAAGAAGGCCUUCCACCGUCCUGACUUGCUUGCUCGCCACAUGGAACGACAUGAACUCGAAUCCCAGACCGAGCACUCCAGCGCCCAAUGGGCACCCCCUAGCCAAGCACCCGCGCCCGUUGUUUCCGUCGAGGCCGGCACUGGCUCGCUCCUGGCUUCCUCUUCUCAGGCUCAUUCCAUGUCCAUUGGAUCCAUCGUUGCCCCCGGCAUCCACCCGGAUCUGGCGAACGACUGCUCUCUGAUGUGGAGCGGCAUGGAGCUUCCUUUACAGCCUCGCCCCGUCAACAUGUUCCAACACCACCUUCCCGAGUCCGUGGACGACAGUCCCUUCUACUCAUCACCCGCUGAGACCUGCCCCUCGCCAUUGUCCGACGCGACUUUCUCUCUCCCUCCUCACUCCAGCUCCUCCAUCUCGUCUGGCUCGGUCUCCAUCAUUGACCAAUACCAUACCAAGGGCAUGCUGAAGACCGAUGUCACUUCGUCUCCACUGCAGAUGCACUCUCCCCUUCGCGUCUGGGACGGCUCCGAUGCGGGCCUGCCCCCCUCGCAGCUGGUUCCCAUUUCGCUUGAGGAGAGCAUGAUUCAGCCGCCCAUCCAAUGCCACUACCCGUCUCCCUCGUGGUCGGGCACCGACUGCCUCCCCUACGAGGACAACAUGAGCCACCACUACCCCCAGGCGCAGGCCGUGGGCUGGAAGCAGUCGUGGACCCUCUGA